UUGUUCUGUAAAGUCCCUUCUUCUUUACUUUCACUUUCCCUUCAAAGCUGAAACGUCUAAAGUGUAUAAAACCGAGAGACGGUACCGAGGAUCUCUCUUCAUCCUAAAUCUGAUCCCCCUGCAGUAAUGGCAGAUAUUCAACUUACACAGGAUGCCGUACAGAAGGUGAGAAGAUUCCAGAAUCAGUUUUGUAAGGAGGCGAAUGAUUUGAUCUCAGUGGGAAUUCCACAGAAGAUUGCUGACCUGGACAAGAUUCUCUGUUCUCCAGAGCUGAAUGUUUCUGAUUUGACAACACUGCGAGCUGAGCUUGAUAUACCCAUACCAGACCCUGAGAAGGAGAAAGAGAAAGAAAAAGAAAAAGAAAAACAGAAGAAAGAAAAAGAUGACAAAAAGAAAGAUGAUGACGAUGAGAAAGGUCCUCCCUGUGGCCCCAUUGCCUGCAAUGACAAGAUUACAAGUUUGCAAAGGAUUAUCAAGCAUGAAAUACGGGAACUGAGAGAAAAUCUGAACGUGGUUACCCUUUGGCUGCAACUUCAGAUUCCUCAGAUUGAGGACGGGAAUAACUUUGGAGUUGCUGUUCAGGAAAAAGUAUUUGAACUGAUGACAACUCUUAGGACCAAAUUAGAUGCAUCCCAGACUCAGAUAUCCAAGUAUCUCUCUGAUCGAGGUGAUGCAGUGGCCAAAGCAGCAAAAAGUCCUCAUGUGGGCGAUUACCGCGCUCUAGUUCAUCAGCUUGAUGAAUCGCAAUACUCUGAGCUCCGAAUCGCAGCACUGGAAAUAAGGAACUCCUAUGCCACACUUUACGAUGUCGUCAACAAGAAUUACAACAAGAUAAAAAAAACACGUGGCGACACCAAGCGUCUCAUUUACUAAAAAGGCCGAACUGUUUGCUUUUGUCUCUGGUGUAGCUUAGAAUCCUAUUUUCUGUGAUCUCCUCAAGCAGCACAUGUGAUUAUACUGUUUCUACUCAUGAAUAGUUUGAUUUCAAGCAUUUGGUUCAAGAAAGCACUCAUAAUAAAUAAACUUUACUGCGUAUGAAAUAUAUUUUGUCGUAAUGGUAUCUGGUAGUGUCUCAAUAAGAUACAUUUGUGAAUUUAGACACAGACUGUUAUAGAUGCAUAUUAGCAAAUUUACACAUGCUGCAUAAACAAAAGCUGUAUAGAUAACGAAUAUAUAUAUAUAUAUUUACACAGAUAUAUACAUACAGCAGUUAGAGGUCUCUUCCAACAU